ACAGAAAGGUGAAUAAUUUUAAAAGAGUUUGAUGUGAAUGUCCAAUCGAUCAAUAAAAUCAUAUCAUCACACACGCUAAACAGGACGGUUUACGCGUGUCAGCGCAGUGUUUUUAACCUCAAGCCUCGAACAGUUUUCCUUGUCCAUACCGGCCUGCCGAACGAGGGACGUUUGUUUGUUAUUGUUGAAUUGUUGAUAUUAUUUCUCCCUUCGCUGACGGAUCGCCCACAGUUGUGAUCCUAUCCCGGACCACACCAACACAAACCACAGCAUCCAAGACAACUCUCCAGCAGAACCGUUAGCAGGCAGUUGAACCGUCAUCUCCCUGUCAGAGAGGAUCGCGAGCACGCACAAUUAUUCCAGAGCGUAUUAUGAUUCUGGAGAAUCACUAUCACAUAUAUGUGGCACCGUAUCGCACAGGCAAAACAGGUACCCGGGACUGUUAAUCGGCGUCAAUUGCAACGAGAUAGCGAGUGAGUGCUGACACAUUCUUUCACGCUUGCCACCAGUUCCGUUGAAUGUGUUUCGGAAGUAGGGGAGAGAUACUAGUAUCCAGGGAAGUACAGAUCAGAUAGAUCAUAAGUAGAUCUUUUGCUGAAUAUUCUACGUGCAGUAUAUUUGUUGGAAGGGUCAGUCUAUCGAGAGGUCUAAUAUUAGGCAGACAGUGGAAGCAGAAGUGUGUGAGUGUUGGUGUAUAUGGACACAUCCAUUUGUGUGUCCAGUAUUGCACUAUCCGGACUACAAAUGUGCAAACAGGCAGUACAAUGAGGUGUCACACCAACAGCGGCAUCAAAAGUGCAAUGGAACUGGGUGUCGAUACACCGGCAACCAAACACGAUAAGGGAGUGUCUGUACCGGACAGCACGGAAGCCAGCGGUGGCUGCGCAUUAGGCAUCGACGAGCGUACUGGACGCCUUCACUGGUGUCCAGGGUAUAGGUUCGUGAAGAUCCUGUUCGUAAUACCAGCGGCGAUGCUUCCGAUCGGUUUGCUGUUUCUGCUGUUAUCUCGGUUUCAGGUGGUUGGAUCAGUUAGAUUAAGCGGCCAGCUGAAUGACCCAACGAGCAGCCUUGCUGGAUGCGGUGAGAUUGGAUACUUUACUGAGGAACAGCUUGCGGCCAACCACCUGCCGGAGGAGAUUGACUGGGCCGAACAGUCCGAUGAUACGGAUCGUCGCUGUCAACCGAUACCCGAAAAAGGACCAGGCGAAAGUGUCGACACAGAAGAUCGAGGAUUGUUACGGGGGAUCGUGAGAACUUCCUUUAUUCCUUCCGAACGCCACAUCUUGCCGGCUGAUUGUUUGGAAGAGCCACUUAUGAAGCAGCAACAACGACAACCGAUAGAAGAGGUAGAACAAGGUGCCGAGGAGCGACGACGUGCCCCAAGGUCACUUGCGUGGAUAAACGAUGAUAGGAGCAGUCCAGAAAGUGUACGCGCCGCCCAGGUUCAGAUCAUGAAACAGUACAUGGAUCCGCAGGCAGAUCCGUGUGAGGAUUUCUACCAGUAUGCCUGCGGUAACUGGGAUCGCGUUAAUCCGAUACCUAAGGACAAAGCCGCACUAGACACAUUCGAGCUGUUGCGCGAGAGUCUCGAUCUGGUGUUGAAGAACCUGCUGCUCGAGGGUGAACCGGCCGACUUGCACGAUAUAGAAAACGCACUGUCGACCGUACGCUCACCACAGGCUACGAAAAAGAUCACCACCACGACCGCAGCAACGGUACUGAUCGGUGCAACGACAGACGCACUGCAAGACACGAUCACGUCCGCAGAACAGUUGCAUCGCGUACGAAAGCGUGGCCGUGCCGAACGGAGCCGUACCCGGCGUGCUGUGCAAAAUAAGCUUAUCAUACGCUCCGCGCAAGUAAAGCGAGUCCGCAAGCGUGAACUACUUAUCAACGAUGAUGCCGAAAUGAAGGCGCGUCAUCUGUUCGUGUCCUGCAUGAACUACGAUCUGAUCAAGCAGCGCGGUUUGGAGCCGUUGCACACACUGCUACACCGUCUCGGUGGUUGGCCAGUGCUCGAACCGGACGCGUGGGAUGAGACUAACUUUGAUUGGCUCAAUCUGACCGCAGCAUUGCGGCGCUACAACAACGAUGUCCUGAUCGUCGAAUGGGUCGGACCAGAUAUUAAGAACUCCGAUGAGAAUAUAGUGCAGUUCGAUCAAACCUCGCUUGGACUGCCAACGCGUGACUACUACCUACAGCCGGGCAAUCGCAAAUAUCUGGACGCGUACCGACAGUUUAUGGUGGAGGUGAUCGGGUUACUCGGUGUGUCGACCGAAACAGCGCGACAGGCAACAGACGAAAUGAUCGAGUUUGAGACACAGCUGGCUAACAUCACUAGCACACCGGAAGAGCGCAACAACGUGUCGACACUGUAUCGCAAGCUGAUCCUGGAGCAGCUUCACGAAGAGGUGCCCGAAAUCGAUUGGACACGUUACCUCACCAUUGUAAUGGAGCGGCCUGUUAAUGGUUCGGACUUUGUCGUGAUGUUUGCGAUGGGUUACAUGCGCGAGCUGGUUGAACUGAUCGGUCAGACCGAGCCACGCAUCGUGGCCAACUAUCUGCUGUGGCGCUUUGUACGCCAUCGUAUCAACAAUCUGGACGAUCGGUUUCUUGGCGCAAAGCAACGCUUCUCCAACGCACUGUUCGGGCGUGAGCGGAAUCCUCCACGCUGGAAGAACUGUGUGACGCAGGUAAACGCCAACAUGGGCAUGGCAGUGGGAGCAAUGUUUGUACGGCGUUACUUUGACGAAAACAGUAAACGGGACACGCUCAAGAUGACGCACGAACUACAAGAAUCGUUCCGUGAAAUUCUCGAACAGACUAGCUGGAUCGAUCCGCCAACCAGACGGCUCGCUGAGCAGAAGGUGAACGCAAUGUCGCUACGCAUCGGCUAUCCCGAUUUUAUUCUCGAUCCGCGUCAGCUUAACGCACGCUACGCCACCCUUGAGAUCCAUCCGGAUCACUACUUUGAGAACACGCUGAACGUGCUCAGCCACAUAAGACGCACCGAUCAGGAGAAGCUUGGCCAACCGGUAAAUAAAACGGCCUGGCAUACGGCACCGGCCGUUGUCAAUGCGUACUACAGCCGAAACAAGAAUCAGAUCAUGUUCCCGGCCGGCAUAUUGCAGCCCCCGUUCUAUCAUCGCCAUCUACCGAAGGCGAUCAACUACGGUGGCAUCGGAGUCGUUAUUGGGCACGAGCUGACGCACGGUUUCGACGACAAGGGUCGGUUGUUUGAUCGCGACGGCAACCUGUACCGCUGGUGGAGCGAUCAAGCGAUCGAAGCGUUUCACGAACGAGCUGCCUGUCUGGUGCAGCAGUACAGCCGGUACACGAUCGACGAGGUCGGCGUGCAGCUGGAUGGUGAGAAUACGCAGGGUGAAAAUAUUGCCGACAACGGUGGCAUUAAGCAAGCGUUCCUUGCCUACAACAAAUGGCUCGCCGUGCAAACGGACCGGGCUGUGCUGGAGGCGGAAAUGUUGCCCGGUCUGAAUGUUACACGGACGCAGCUAUUUUUCCUCAACUUUGCACAGAUUUGGUGCGGUGCGAUGCGUCCCGAAGCUACGCGCAACAAGCUCAAAACGGCAGUCCACAGUCCGGGAAGGUUCCGGGUCAUUGGUACACUAUCCAACUCGGAGGACUUUGCGCGCGAAUACCAUUGCCCGGUGGGAAGCUUCAUGAAUCCGGCCGACAAGUGUAGCGUUUGGUAGCGUUUGGGUAUAGGUCACGGUUUCAAUGAAAGUGCGUUGUAUAUAACUCUUAUGUAAGCAGAUAGUUGUCACUAGAGAAGCACAUCGGUGUGGUACUGGAGCACCAGCGGACCAUACGUGUGAGAUCCGCUUACACUAUAGCGUGUAACGUUUCGAUCAAACAGAUCGAUCGCUUGUCUACAUGAUGAAUAUGCACGUGAGUUGUGUGCUGAUUGAGUAAUGAUUCGGUAGCUUCGCACUGCUUGCCAUCGUCACUAUAAGCCACUAUUUAAUUGAAAUCAAUUUCAAAAACCCGUCAGUGGAUUCACUCGACCGAUUCUCGGGCGACAUCUUGUACCGCAGGCUGCCCCAUUACCCCACCACUAGCGGCUGUUAUCCAAUUUAUCUGCCGUAGAUCAAUUUCACCGAGGUCGAAUCGUUUCCCGACUAGUGUACGGUAGCUGAGCUAACGUUCUCCACCAAGCUCGACGUUCAGCGAUGGUUCAACGAUGGUUAAACGAUUAGAUUAAGCACACCUUGCGACAAACGAGUGGACGUAUCUUAAGUGAGGUGGGUUUAUAAAGUUAUCAUCAAUCAUCGAGUCCAACCUCGGGCAUCCUGCAUCCGAUUUAUUCCCGCGCGUAUGGGAAUGGUAGGUCCAUGAGGAAAAGCAAUUCCACAGCCCUAAUUCUGGGUUGCAUAAUAUUAGCCGUUCGCUUUAAGUACCUGAACCACAAGACCGCAUGUAGGAGUACUUUUCACAUCUCAAAAUUAUGAAAUAGAAGAAAAGUUUUACUCGCCAA